CUCUCUCCCUCCGUGCAGACAUCACUCUCGCUCUCUCUCUCCUUCUGCCCUUCCAUCCGUGUCCUUCCUCUGUUCCCUCGGUUCUCUACGCGGCGUAGUAGCGGUUCUCCACACCAUGGCGCCCAAGAAGGUGGAACCCAAGAAGGCCGAGGUCAAGAAGCCGGAGCCCAAGAAGGAAGAGCCGGCGCCGGCCGCCCCAGUGCCCCCGCCAGAGCCGCCCAAGCCCGAGCUGGACCUGAAGAGCGUGCCACUGGACUUCACGCCGGACCAGAUCGAGGAGUUCCGCGAGGCGUUCGCGCUGUUCGACGAGACGCCGGCGGGCGAGAUGAAGAUCACGUACGCGCAGUGCGGCGACGUGAUGCGGGCGCUUGGACACAACCCCACCAAUGCCGAGGUGCUGACCGUGCUGGGCAAGCCCAAGCCCGAGAAGAUGCACGUGGAGCUGCUGGACUUCGAGACCUUUCUGCCCAUGCUCCAGCACAUCUCCCGCGCCAAGGACCAGGGCAGCUUCGAGGACUUCGUGGAGGGGCUGCGCGUCUUCGACAAGGAGGGCAAUGGCACGGUGAUGGGCGCCGAGCUGCGGCACGUGCUGGCCACCCUCGGGGAGAGGAUGACCGAGGACGAGGUGGACCGGCUGAUGCAGGGUCAGGAGGACGCCAACGGCUGCAUCAACUACACCUCCUUCGUCAAGCACGUCCUGUCCGUCUGAAGGGCCCAGAUGCCAGAGCGGCGACGUCCAGCUGCCUCCGCUGCCCACACGCCAGACGUCAUCUCCGACCCACAGACUCACGCUGAGGUGACCAUGACGCAGCAGAGCAUAUUGUCCGCACAUGCCCUGAAAUCAGUUAACUGGAAGAACAACAAUCGUAGGCUAUUUCUCCUCUGUCAUAUUUGCAAUAUAAUCAGCAGGAUUAAAAAAUAAAGAAUUAUAAUUAUGAAUUGGAUUUUGUAGAAAUGAAUACAAUGUGGAAAAAUGUAAAUGUUUGUGUGUUUCACCAUAAAAACUCAUCAUACAAGCAAAGAAAUAAUGAAACAAGAAAAGAUGUGACAUAAAGUCUGCCUCAACUCUCAAGAAAAGAUGUGAUCUCUCUACUCUGAAAUGUUCUGAAUAAAACUUCUGAUAAAAGUA